AAAUAGGAGCUGGCAACUGUCUGCGUUUAGUGGACAGCGGUGCGACAGAGUAACUUACAGUAGGUCCUGCUUGUGCACUCCCCCACUCUUUCUGGCUAGUGGCUAAUACAAAGUUGUCGGUGAAAAAAUUUAUCCAUUCCUAAUGAUUGUGGUGUGGUGUAAGUAGCGUUGUGCAAAGUAUAUAAAACACUCUUUAAAGUAGCCCCACACCUUAAGGUAGCUGGGCUGAAGAGGCGAGUGUGUUUUAGUGAUACUGUCUUAAGAGAGAGGAAAAGGUUCUGUCUACUGAAGCGACAUGGCUACCCAGCCUUCCACACGAUUCAGCGAAAAUUAUGAACUCAAGGAAGAACUGGGAAAGGGAGCCUUCUCUGUCGUCCGCCGGUGCGUUCAAAAGACGACUGGCCUGGAGUUUGCUGCCAAGAUCAUCAACACCAAGAAACUCUCAGCACAGGACUUCCAGAAGCUGGAGAGAGAGGCGAGAAUUUGCAGAAAACUUCAGCACCCAAAUAUAGCCGCCGAGCUCAGCGACCACAGUGUCUUAAGGCUUCUUGUUCGCCUGCACGAUAGUAUACAGGAGGAAUCGUUCCAUUAUCUCGUAUUUGACUUAGUGACGGGAGGUGAACUCUUCGAGGAUAUCGUGGCCAGGGAGUUCUACAGUGAGGCCGACGCUUCUCACUGUAUCCAACAAAUUCUAGAAAGUGUUAAUCAUUGUCACCAUAAUAAUAUUGUACAUAGGGAUUUAAAGCCCGAGAACCUCCUACUGGCCAGCAAAGCUAAGGGGGCCGCCGUCAAACUCGCCGACUUUGGCUUAGCUAUCGAGGUCCAGGGCGAUCAGCAGGCAUGGUUUGGGUUCGCGGGUACGCCGGGUUACCUCUCACCAGAAGUACUCAAGAAAGAGCCAUAUGGGAAACCUGUCGACAUCUGGGCAUGUGGUGUGAUCCUGUACAUCCUCCUGGUGGGUUACCCGCCCUUCUGGGAUGAGGACCAGCACAGGUUGUACGCCCAGAUCAAAGCCGGAGCUUAUGAUUAUCCAUCACCUGAGUGGGACACAGUUACUCCUGAAGCCAAAAACCUCAUCAAUUCCAUGUUGACUGUCAAUCCUGCCAAGCGCAUCACAGCGGCUGAAGCUCUGAAGCAUCCAUGGAUCUGCCAACGUGAGCGUGUGGCCAGCGUAGUACACAGGCAGGAGACUGUCGACUGUUUGAGAAAGUUCAACGCCAGAAGAAAGCUGAAGGGCGCCAUCCUGACGACCAUGCUUGCCACUGCGUGCAACUUCUCUAAAAGUGGUCGUUCCAUCAUCACCAAAAAGGGAGACGGCUCGCAGGUGAAGGAGAGCACAGACUCCAGUACGACUAUAGAGGAGGAAGAUGUUAAGGACAAGUCCAAGUCUCAAGUUGAUAGAAGUACCACAGUGAUCGCCAGGGACGUUGAAGGCGGGGAGGAGAAAACCAAAGCUACUGCAGCAUCAGUGGUGGGCGCCAUGGCUGGCCUUAAGAACAGUUUAUUAUCUGGAGGCGGCUCUGGUGGGAGUACUGGUGGUGGCGGUGGGGGAAAGCCGACAACAGCUGCAGGUAGUGGCGCAGGGGGUAUUAUGGCUGCUGUGGCUGCUGCUGCUGCUGCUGCAGCUUCAUCUACUGCCCCUGCCACACAACCUGCAGCAGCAAAUACUUCCACUUCUAACAAAGAGCAUAGAUCUGAAAGUAAUGCAGAAUCUGUACGUCCCGACCGCAAGUCCAGUAGCGGCCAGCUGAGCAGUGCCCAGCUGAGCAUCAAUCAACUUAACAGCGCCAAUAGGAACAACAAUGUUUUGGACCCCCGCAAACAAGAAAUCGUCAAGGCGACUGAGCAGCUGAUUGAUUGUAUAAACGGCGGAGACUUUGAGGGCUACACCAAAAUAUGCGACACUCACCUGACCUCCUUCGAGCCAGAGGCGUUAGGCAAUUUAGUGGAGGGCCUGGAGUUCCACAAAUUUUACUUUGAUAAUGUACUUGGGAAAAACUGUAAAACAGUCAACACAAUGAUCUUAAAUCCUCACGUGCACCUGCUGGGGGACGAUGCUGCCUGUAUUGCUUAUAUUCGACUCACCCAGUACAUGGAUAAGCAGGGACAGGCCCACACACAACAGAGCGAGGAGACAAGGGUAUGGCAUCGCCGUGAUCACAAAUGGCAGUGUAUGCACUUCCAUCGCUCUGGGUCCCCCUCAGCCCCUUUUGCACUGGGCACUAAGUAAAGCUGAAGGAUGACACAGGGUACUGGUUACCCUAGAGAGGAACGGAGUAAAUGUACGGUUGUUAGAUCAGCCUCUGUGGAACGUCGUGGGUUGGAAACAUAUUAAACAUCUCCCUCACCAGUGUUCAGGCCUCAACAUAGCCAUCCAUCUUCAAAGGACCAAAGUGCUUCGAGACCUGAAGUGGUAUUAAAUUGCUGGGAAGAACUGUAUUAAGAUGAACAAAAAAGUGUCUCUCUUAACCCCAAAUGUUCUGCAGAUUGUCAACCUUAUUCCUGGUGUUCUAGGAGCAGGUUAGCAUUUGAUAUGCCAGAUUCACGUUGGAUUUCUUGAUGGUUGCCUAUAUUUUGAAGAUUGAAUGUUCCCAUUGUACUAUUGCUACCAAGUAUAUUAAUAGAUGUGUGGCAUAAUUUUAGAUUUAAAACAAACUCUCUUUGUUGGACAAUUCUUCAGUGAUAUGUGCACAAUUUAUGGCUCAUGAAGUUCUCAGAUGCUAGAUAGAAAUAAAUAUGUUAUUGAAAAUACUUGUAGGAAUGCAUUUGUUCUAAGCAUCUUACAUUUGCCUAAUAUACAGACUCAUUUCACAUAAGCCACAUCCAUUUCUCAUAGUUAGUUCUAUUAACUAUAAACAGAGCAAAGAAUUAACUGUUUGAUAAUAUUCUUGCUGAAAAAAUUGCCAUUGAUGAGUACCAAGCUGAGUGUCGACGCUUCAUCAUCUUCUUCCCAUCCUGUGUGUUGAGAAAACUGCUUCCAUCAUCUCGUGCUGCAGUACAUGUUGGCUAAAUCAUCAAAAUCCGUAUGUCUGGAAUUAAUGGACAUAACUUGAAAUAUGUUCAUAUUGUAUAUAUAUAUAUAUAUAUAUAUAUAUAUAUAUAUAUAUAUAUAUAUAUAUAUAUAUAUAUAUAUAUAUAUAUAUAUAUAUAUAUAUAUAUAUAUAUAUAUAUAUAUAUAUAUAUAUAUGAAUGUAUGUAUGCAUGUAUGUGAGUAUGCAUGUGUGUGUAUAUGUAUAUCCUGCCAAAAGCAUUUUUGAUAUGUGAGCUGCCUAAAAGGAAAUGCAUAGGAGGUUGUAGAUAAAGGCUCAGUGUUAUUAAAUUAUUAUGUAUGAAACUGUUGUCCUUAAAGACCUUUAUGUGGAUUUUGGUUUUUUAUCCAACAUUUUUUGUGAUGGAGAAACUGUCUUUUAAGUCUCUUCCCUCAGACUUAGGCACCUUGGUGUAUCUUAUCAACUUCUGCUUAUUUUUAAAUACAUACCCAAGAAUAUUGCCUAAUGCAGUUCAUAUAUGCUUAUCAUUGUGGGACAUAAUGCAAGUCGAAAGUGUAUCAUUUCUUAAAAUUUAUAGGAUUAAAGUAAAGUGGAUUCUCAGAGGUGUGCCCACCCAUAUCUUUUCAUAUUUAUACUUAGUCGCUUUGUGAUCCAUACCUGUGGCUGAGAGGUGAAACUCCAUGUGUAUGGCCUGGUGCUUAAUGGUGUGUGACAAUGUGGCCGGCCCGACGCAGGCGAAAUGACCGGUGUCUAUCUAGUCAUUUGCUUUGCCGUUCACUUUUCUUACGUUACUUUUUUGCAGACAGUCUAUGAUAAGAAUAGUUCCCAAGUCAUUUUGUUAUUUGUUUGAAUUUGUAUAUUUGUAACAAUAAGCCUUUUAAAGAGCUUGAAAGGAAGUUUGAUAUCUUUGUAGAUUUCCAUAUACUAGGUAAAUUUUGUGUGCAUCACCUCCACUUUGGUGCCAUCAACUUGUUGUUGCAGCUUGACAGGAGAGUAACAUAUUUAUAUUCAUGUUUUUAAAGUAAAAUUUAUUCACUUCAAUAUGAAAUAUUGUUUUAUCGCUAAGUGUCUUACUACAUAAAUAUUAAGACCCUUAUGCAGUAACCAGGACCACCAGGUGAGCUAUAAGAGGCACCAUAUUUAGGACUUUUUUUUUUUAUCAUCUCCAACAACAACAACAUCUCUGCUUAACAUCUAAGUCCUCUGAAUGUAUCACAGCUCUCAGGAACAGUUGGUCCAUCAAAACAAAAUUCUUACUUAGUCCCUUAAAAAAAAAGAUCUUGAUUACUGUAUUUUAUAUAUAUAUAUAUAUAUAUAUAUAUAUAUAUAUAUAUAUAUAUAUAUAUAUAUAUAUAUAUAUAUAUAUAUAUAUAUAUAUAUAUAUAUAUAUAUAUAUAUAUAUAUAUAUAUAUUCACACAUACAGUAUAUAUAAAGCUGUUGCCUAACUUAGCCAUUGACUCCCGCAUCACUUCCUCUCUUCUGGGCACAGAUAAAGGAUUCCUGGAGCAGCCUCUCGAUUCCUGUUUACUCUCAUUACACACCUGUUUUGGCGGAAUAGUUCUCAAGUUCUGGGGUCAAAGCAUAAUUCUCAAUCACAAUUCAAAUCUUAAACACCUGAAUAAAAAAGUCAAGAAAAUGGAUCAGAUAUUAGCUUCUUGGAUCAGACCCAAACUCCUGAAUAUAAAGUAUAGUUCGUGGGUCCCACUUUAAAUAUCUUACAUCACACCCGUCGGUUUCUUGAUCAGACUCGUGCUCUUCGGGUCAGACUCAAUCUCCUGAAUACUAAUUAUGAACAUUGGGUCCCUGAUUACACUCUAUGCUCUUUGGAUCAGACCCUAAGCUCCUUGGAUCACACCCUAACUCCUGGAUACAGAUCUUGGGUCCUGGACUGCUGCGUUAUCAUGCAUGUUACUGUAAGCCAGAUCCUGUUGGUGUCUUCUCAUGUUCAACACUGUCCUGUCGUCACCACCGCCGCCAUUGCUGUAGCCGCUGGUGAGAGGCUAACCAGCACAGCACCCAGCCAGGCAGGGUUUUGGGUGGAGAGACUUGGCCACCUCCCUGCCAUCAUCAUGCUUGUGGCUGGUCCUACUUUGCGCCCGGUUGUGUGAUUUUGCUCAAGUAUUGAUCAGCAACUAAAUUGUACGUGGGCAAAAAUGGUGCACUCGACCAUCCUGUGUCAAUAUUUGGGCAUAAAUGAUAUGAGCGCAAGUUACGGUUAUGUAAUGGUGUACAAGAAUUAUCACUCUACUUUUUAUUAAAUGUCAUAUUUGAUGGUUUACAUAAAAGUAUGUUGUAUUGUUGCCUGCAGUUUUCUGUAAUGUUUUCCACCCCUGCCUUUUCCUAAGCCAGCUUCAAGUAUUUAUCUCUUAGAUUGUAAGAAAAUGAGAUUUUUUUCAUUGUAGGUAGGACUUUCCUUGUUUGAUCUAUUCAAGAGCUUUGUGAAAGGCAGGCGCGCAUGUUCUCAGAAAGCGCGAGGUUGAAGGGUAACCCCAGAAGUGGCCGUCCUUUAUUUAUCAGGACUAACCCAAAUUCUUAGAAAGCUCUUGAGGAGAUAUGAAUUAGAGUAUUAAUUUGUAAUAUUAGAGAAUUUAAAGCCUAGGUGUAACUUCUGGUCCCUCAAGUGAAGCCUAAGAGUUUGGAUCUUUUUAAGAGGAUAUACUCAUGGGACGGAACAUGGUCGCUGGCUACCCUCCAGCUGCUGUUUCAUAAUUUUUUCAUAUAGAUUUUUGACCUAAGAUGAGCUAUUUUAAGACAUUAACAAGAUCACAUGUGUUGUGUAGUCAAUGUAUUUGAACAAAGAAUGUUGAACUCCAUCGAAUUUCCCUAUAGAUUAUAUCAAUUGGAUUUACUUAAGCAUUUAAUUGCAAUUACAAAUUUAAAACAAGCUGUUCUGUGUGUCAUUUGUGCUUUAUCAUUUUCCCUCAGAAAUUCAGACAAAGUAAGAAACUUUCAUGGAAAUAAAUUCUGGAAAUGUU